UCCUGUGAGCGCCGCGUGUAUUGGGCUCUUUCCUAUCGUACUUUUGGCAGACUAAGUUGGCCACGGCUGCGUACGAUGCAAAUCUUCGUUAAAACCCUCACGGGUAAGACCAUCACUCUUGAGGUCGAACCGUCGGAUACCAUCGAAAAUGUCAAAGCCAAGAUCCAGGACAAAGAAGGAAUUCCUCCAGAUCAGCAGCGUUUAAUCUUUGCUGGCAAGCAAUUGGAAGAUGGUCGCACUCUUUCUGAUUACAACAUUCAGAAAGAGUCAACAUUGCACUUGGUGCUCCGCCUUCGUGGUGGUGCCAAGAAGCGCAAGAAGAAGAACUACUCGACCCCCAAGAAAAUUAAGCACAAGAGGAAGAAGGUCAAGCUAGCUGUCUUGAAAUACUACAAGGUUGACGAGAAUGGAAAGAUCCAUCGCCUGAGGCGUGAGUGUCCUGGAGAGAACUGUGGUGCUGGAGUCUUUAUGGCUGCCCACGAAGAUCGUCAUUACUGUGGCAAAUGUAACUUGACUUUUGUGUUCAGCAAACCAGAAGAAAAGUAGUGCGCCGGCGCUUUUUUAAUCAGGCGUUCAUUUCAACCUGUCUUUAAAUGAAUAAAUAAAUCAACAACCAAUUUAA